GAACUUUCCCAGCAGCUGGACAUGGAGCCUAAAACAGGCAUGCAGCUGGAAGCCCAAAAUCAGGAUUUGCAAGAAGAGCUGUCCACUCUGCAUGGGAUGUGUGAACAACUGGAGGUGGACAAAUGCCAGCUGCAUGAAGAGGUGAAAAAACUCCACCAUCAUUUGAAGAAUUUCACGCUGGAUGGCAGCCAAACAAAACAAUGUGAAAGAGACGUGGAAGAACAAGCAGACAAGGAAAUAACACAAAAGCUACAAGAAGUCAAUCAGUUUUUGCAAGCACAGGCAGCCUACCAGGACACAUUAGAAAAAAUCAGAAGCAGUCAUUUUGACUCACUGAAAAACCAGUUAGAAGACAGAACUAGAGAUCUUGAACGUGCACUGGGAAGGACAAAAAGCAACCAACAAGAAAGACCUUUUCAACAAGAAUCCAGGCAGCCAGCAGUGGACAAGUACAUAGAGCUGUACCUGCAGGAAGUGAAAACCAGCAAAAGCCUCGCAAAGAAACUGGAAAGAGCCAAGGAGAGACUUGAAGAGGCCAACCCGAAGCUCCUUUGGGAGCGCCAGAGAAGCAAAUCUGCAGCCACAAUCAGUGAUGUCAGCAGACGUCUGGCUGCAGUUCCACCUCUGGAUUCAGCUGGCCUGGGACACCUUGGGAACCAUCUGGGACUGGGCAGAACUCCCGGCCUCAGAACACACCCCAGCCACGUCUGGUAAAGCCAACGACUUUUGGUCAGCAGAGCAACUGUGGCAAAGAGCACUGUGAGGCAGGAACUUCCCACCUAAGUUCAACACUAAAUUUACAUGUCCGGUCUGUGUGACCUGUUUCAAAUGGCUGAUGUCACCAUGAGUGCCAAAUGCCAUCAGACAUCUGUGAGACACCGAGGAGGAGCCAGCCACGUCCCAAAGUCCAGCGCUGCCCCAGUGGUGGCAGGCCUGGCCCAGCCGUCCCAGGGAGCAGCACCCAGGCCAGGCCGGCACCGCCACAACCACAACCACUGCCUGUGCACUGCCUGCUCUUCCCUGGCACGAGCCCUUGGUGCCAGUGGGGCAGGCAGGAGCUUUCCUGCUGCCCGCUCAGCCCCUUGGCCACGGAUCUCCUUCUGCCACGCCAGUUGCGGCCUGGAGCGACGGCAACGACACUCCCUGUUCGGGAGGGUGCUCAGGGCUGUGCCAGGCUGUUCCUUGGCACCUGUGUCCCACGAGGGCAGGAGCAGCAGUGCCAGGCUGCCAGCACCAGGCAGCUGCCUGCAGGUGACCGUGUGAGCCUCGGCAGCGUCCGGCUGAGAGCGCGGCACAGGGAGGCACCGCAGCCACGGCUGCAGGGACAGCACCUCGGGCAUUUGGCUGCCCCAAGCACACACUGCCAGCCUGGGCUCACCCAGUGAUUCCUGUCACCAGCCUGGGAUUGCCCUAAACACACCGUAGGGCUUGAGCUGGGUCACAGUUUCAUCACAGUGUGCCAAUAGAUAGUAGGGCACAGAUAGAUUAGACAGAUUAUAAGAUAGGUAGAUAGACAGAUAGAUAGACAGAUAGAUAGUUAGAUAGUUAGAUAGACAGACAGAUAGAUAGAUAGAUAGGUAGAUAGAUAGAUAGAUAGAUAGAUAGAUAGAUAGAUAGAUAGAUAUUAAUAGAUUAUAUUUUUUCUGCGGUGUUCAUCACACCUGCGUGAUGCCUAGUGCAGAAUGUCAAACGGAUCAUCGCCUCGUGCGCUGUAAACUUAACCUCCACCUUAAGUUCAAACCUAAAAACGGUGGCAUUCCUAGAAGGAGACUUCAAGUUAACAGUCUUCAAUCAGCUACAGUGAGGAACAGCUUCCAGGCAAAUCUUCAAUCCAGGCUCAAAGUUCAUUCCACAGACUCCUCUCCCGAAGCGCUUUGGCAACUUAUUAAAAGUAGCAUUCUGCAGUCCUCUGAAGAAUCCAUAGGGUUCUCCUUCAAGAAAAACAAGGACUGGUUUCAUGAAAACAAUCAUGAGAUCCAGGAAUUGUUGAGUAAGAAGAGAACUGCUCCCCAAGCCCACCUUGCUCAGCCAUCUUGUCAUAUAAGAAAAGCGGCCUUUCGACUCGCAUGCAGCAAGCUGCAACAGAAACUUCGUGACAUCCAGAACAAGUGGUGGACCAAUCUAGCAGAAAAAAUCCAAUUAUGCGCAGAUACAGGUGACUACAGGGGAUUCUAUGAGGCUCUGAAAACAGCCUAUGGUCCUACACACCAGGUUCAAAGCCCAUUACUCAGCGCAG